AACGGACAAUAUGAUAUGACAACAAUCGAGUGGACGGACAUUUUGAUUUUUUGUUUGAACUAGCAGCAAGGAGCAAACACUGGAACCUGCAGUUCAAUUUUCAACUAAUUUCAACUUGCAGAUUUCAUCAUGUACUUUUGAUUUUUGUAGACUUGCUCAACUUUUAACUAUUAUUUUUGACGCACGAACAUUUUAACUACGUAUCUUUUAAAGAUUUUAUUGCAAGAAAAUUACAAUGGCUCUUCAUCUGAGAAAUGGACAAACGAUCAACCGAAUAAACUCAGCCAGUCAAGAGAAUUUGAAUGUGAAUCGAGCUGGAAAGUCGGUUGCAACGACUGGUGCUAAACAGGGCUUGGUGGAUAUCACCAAAAAAGCAAAUGGCGGUCUUCAGUUGCGCGGCGAUAAGCGAGCUGCUCUUGGGGAGAUUAGUCGCAAUGUUGCCAACCCUGCACCGGUCUCAAACCUCAAGAAGGAAGCAUUCACCAAACCCGUUGCUCCUCUGCCCGUCAAAACUACCACGAAUCCAGUUGUGAGAACUACUAGAACCGUGUUGGCAAGACAGAGUCUGCUUGCCAAAGCUACAGCUCUGCCCAAGGUGUUGUCAACAAGCACGGCGAGCAAGGUGUUGUCAACAAGCACGGCGAGCAAGGCAUCACUCGCUAGUAGCAGCAUAGCGAGAUCAAGCAAUGCACUCCCCAAGAGAGAGGUCAAGGCGCCCACCACCAAGAAGGAAAAAAAGCAGCCUGCAUUUGGAAUUCCUUACAACAUUCGCGGGCCUCAAGUUCCUACUGACGCUGAUUUCCGAGACUUCGAUAAGGAAAUGGGCAACAAUCAGCUGUUCAUGGGAAUCUACUGUCCGGACAUGUUCGCUUAUUUAAAGGAACUCGAGUCGAAAUUCCUUGUAAAAGAGAAUUUCCUGGAGGAGCUUGUUGUGACGUCGAAGAUGCGCGCUAUGGUAGUCGAUUGGCUGGUAGAUGUGCAGCAGCAAUAUAAUCUGCUACUAGAAACCCUUCAUCUGUCAAUCGGAAUAUUUGACAGAUUUUUGGAGAAACACCGGAGCAUAACUAAGAACAAGCUGCAGUUGGCGGGAGUGACUGCCAUGUGGAUUGCCGCCAAGUACGAAGAGCUGUUUGCUCCGGAAAUCGAAAACUUCGUAUUCAUUGCGGACAAUGCUUUCACCAAGAAAGCAAUUUUGGAAAUGGAAUGUGUGAUCCAUAACGCACUCGACUUCUGCUAUGGAAUGCCAUUGGCCAUCCAUUUUUUGCGUCGUUACAGUCACGUCAGCGAGGCUGAGGCCAAACACCAUAUGAUUUCGAAGUAUCUGCUGGAACUGAGUCGUCUGGAGUAUGCCUUCUGUUCAGUGAGGCCCUCUCUCGUUGCUGCUGCUGCCCUCGGCACCGCUUACUGCAUUGUCGAAGGAAAGGAUAAGCCGGACAGAUCAGUUUGGAGCCAGGCGCUUGUGUUCUACACAACCUACACUCUCGAAGAUGUCAAGCCGUACAUCGCAAGUCUUGCCAAUUUGGUUGUGAAAGCCGAAACCUCAAAGCUUCGGGGAAUUCAAAAGAAGUAUUCAUCUACGAAGCAAAUGAAAAUCAGUAUCUAUUUAUCUAAUAAGAUUGAUCUACUGAAAAGCCUGUCACAAGUGGAAGAGGAUUAGGCUAAUUUCUUCGAUGAUUGAUCUGUAACGUAUGGAUUCGCCCAUAGUGAGGAAGCCAAAAAUGAAGUGUGUGUAAAUCGUUGUAAGUGUACGAUGAAAAAUAUUCUCCAAUGAUCAAGAUGAAAAUGCUAGGUUGUAAUAAAGAUUAACAUAAUGAUGAAUGAUGUCCCAUUUGAUGAAGAGACAACAAUUCUGUUUUGAUAAUGUUUAUCAAAUCAUUACCCGGAAUUCAAUUAAUCAUUACAAAAAACUAUUAUUUAGUACUCUUGUUAACAUUUGAUUCCAAAUUGCAAUAGUACCUAUAAGAAAUAUUUCCAAGUUAGUUAUGCGUUUUAUCUAUACAAAAGUUUUUAAAAUAAUAAGCCCAUUCAUCAAUAGAUAUAAUAUACAUUACUUUUAGCCAAGCUACCUCUACUGUUUUCAUGAAUCAUUUACAUUUCAAUUCAUCGUAUACUUUAUAUUGACUAUUAUAUUAUUUUUAGGGACUAUUAAUUUAAGAUUGUUACUCUAUAUUUUGACUAUUAGAUAGCCUUGGGCUUUUUUGAAGCAAUGUUGACGUUAUACUCAGUUAUUUUACAUUUUAUGUUUUUUGUGGCCUUAUGUAUGGAAAAAGCUUCUGCAACCAUCUUAAUAAUAAUGUUUGCUUCAAAAAACAACAUAAUCUCAAAAAUGAGUGUACAGUAUUAUAAGUCAACGAUUGCACACGAAAUGUGUACAAAUUUGGACUACUCUACGCAGUCCGUUGAAAGAAUUCGAUGAAUUUAACCUAGUGAGCUACAAAUGUCGAAUUAUUCAAACAUAACUCGACAUGGUAUAUUGACAUCUCCAAUUUACCACUUCUGCAUUAACUCAUCUCUUAGUCUCUACUUAGUACUGUAUCCGUUAAAAAGCAUUUAUAAAUUUAUGUUAAUAAUUUUCUAUCCAUUGUCUUGAUUUUCUAUCAUGCGAUGAUACCGCUAACAAUUGACUGAUUCCUGAUAAUUAGAUAGUUUUCAAGCGAAAAUGUAAUGAAAAAUAUCGAGUAUCAGGACUAUUUUUCUAGAAAAAUAAACAUGUAUUUUGUAAUAUUUAAUGUGUUUUGUAAAUUACUAAAAUAAAUUCCACGUGUUUUGUAAAA